UGUACGCCCCGAGGUAACCGCUACAUCCUGGUGGCCAUGGACUACUUCUCCAAGUGGCCAGAGGUGAAUGGGAUUCCAGACCACGAGGCAGAAACCGUAGCUGAAGUACUAGUAAAAGAGUUUUUCACUAGUUUUGGUAUUCCAGGACAGUUGCACUCGGACCAGGGCCGGGAGUUUCAGUUGAGGGUGUUCCGGCAGUGCUGUGAGCUGCUAGGAAUCCAUCAGAAGUGCACUACCCCGCUCUACCCCAGAGCUACGGCAUGGUGGAGCGCUUUAACAGGACGCUGGCGGAAGAACUGGCCAAAUACUGCAGCUCUGACCAGAAAGAUUGUGACCUGUGGCUGCCGUUUACCCUGAUGGCAUACCGAUUUGCGCAGCAGGAAGCCACAGGUUACACUCCCGCCCGGAUAAUGUUUGGUCGAGAGAUGUGGCUACCUCUGGACCUGGCCACUGGACGACCACCUGGGGAAGAGUUACCACAAACAGCGCCUGAGUUUGUAGCGGCGUUGCAACAGCGGAUGGAGGCCACGUGGCGACAGGUGUCGAGCAAUCUUCGCCACAAGGGGCAAGCCAUGACCCGCUGGUACCAGAUGCGCGCCAGGGACGCCCAGUAUGGGGUGGGGGACCGAGUCUGGUUGUAUAAUCUCCGCAAGAAACGAGGCCUCGCUCCGAAGCUGCAGAGCUACUGGGAAGGCCCGUACACUAUUCUGCAACGACUUACGACCGUCACGUACAAGCUGGGAGAUGUCACAAGUAGGCCGCCACGUAUUGUCCACGUCGCCCCCUUGUGGACUGCUGUGGAGGAAGAACACUUCACGUGGGACCAGCAGGGACCACUUUCGUCGCCAGACAGUGAGGUGGGGAGCAACAGCGAGAUGGAGGGUGACGGUGGAAUAGACAAUGUUGCAGAGUGUGUUGUUGGUGCGCGUAAGGACCCAGAGAACGAGUCUGAGAAUGAAGCAUGUGUAUCGCGGCCCCUCAGAAAGAGGAAAAAACCUCAGUGUUGGACAGACUACGUAUGUGAAAGUGAUGAUGAAUAGUCGGGACGACUACUUUUUGUGAGGGAGGGCAGUGUAGCAGCGAUGCAAAGUGAGUAGUGAAGAUAGCGUUGGCAGCGCUAUCCGGUUGGCAUUACUGUUUCGGUUGGCAGAUGUGGUGUUGAGGGGUUACCGGAUGUGCGUUGCCGGAAACACGUGGAUAUGCCAACCGUGACUGGCUUAUGGAUGAGCCAAUGGAAAUAGAGUAGAGUAAAAGGGGGUAUAUAAAGUGGGCCCCAGUCUAGUCUUUGGUCUUCUUCUCCUCUCUUCUCCCCAGUCAGUCUCCGUCGUCUUCUCCCCCCUUCGCCCUCUUUUACCAGAAAACUAGAGUAAAGAUAAAACCAAAUAUGGAAGCAGUGGUGUAAAUCCCAAAGAGACCGAGCAGCGUCAGGGUCUCCAGCAUGGGUGUGAAGAUCUGCAGAUUUACAAUGGAGGACAGCGUGCCGGCGCAGACGCAUAUACUGCAGGCCUGAGGAGGGACCAGUGAACUAUUAUGAAUAAGGUGUCUAGCCACAGCUUGAACUUCCAGACAGGGCGCUGAACAGGCGCGGCAAGGAGAGGCAGUGUCAAUGCUGCCAAAACACACGGAGCACAGGCGGAUCAGCACUGCCUCUCUCAGGAUAUCACAGAUUUCUACCAAGUCACUUCACUGGAAGAAAUUUUCUCGGAAAGAAACACGAACAAGGUGGAAGAUGUAUAAGGUAACGUACGAAACAUAUAAGCAGUUGUGAUUAAAAAAAUGUAAA